GCACACUGUCCAGCUGUGCCUACAGGUGAUAGGUACGUAUACGGGCACAUGUGUGCAAAAUGUACGUGCGCACGCACUAAAUAUGCCCCCGCCCCUGGCCCCUCCCCCCUUGCUGAGAAAUCACAUCUGUGAGGCCGUUGGCAUCAUCUCGAUGAGGUGGUGUCAAGGCUAAUUAACAAAUGAAGAGCAAAGGCAAGGGCAAGGGGAAGGGGCCCACGGUGGCGGCGGGGGAGAAGGGGGUGGUGGUGGGUGUGUGUUCCUUAAAAAAGAACAAAGAAGAUGAGGAAGAAGAAGAGAGUUGGCAGAACAAAACCCCAUUUCACACAAGACGCGCAGCCUGCGCCGCUAGACCAGGGGCAUGUGUCGAUCAUGGACUAGUUCAAGGGACGCCCGCCGCCGUCUUCCCGCGGCGGCACCACCACCUGCCGGCUCCCCAAAGAAAGGACAUCGGACCACAGGCAGGCAUGGUCCAUGCAGGGCUGAGUGAUAUUAGGAUGGUGUCAAGAAAGGGCCGAUGGGUGUUUCCUGUUUGCAUGCAACUCGGUCGUCGGACUCCUGUAUUCUCGCGAGGUGUAGGUGGCAACCCCUUGGUGCUCGACAGUGCUAGUGUAGUCGGCCCCGUGUCGCGGUGCAAGUGGAAGAUGAAUGAUCAUUGGCGACUCGUGGACAGACUGUGCGCUGUUUGUGGUGCCUGCCCGUCGUCUAGAUUGAUGGAGGUAUGGAUGGAUGAAUGAAUCGUUGUACUGUCUGUCCAUCACGGGCCCACCGGGCUCGACCGCCAUGGAUACGUGUGGGCUCUUGAUCGUGGUGACUUUUGGAUGCCAUAUCAUAUCAUUGGGAGCCGGGUGGCGGCUGCUUCAACGACCUGGAGGAUAAUCUAGGUACGCAGGCGGCGAGUAGCAACAGCUAAUGCCGGCACGGCAGGCAGCCGGCAUGCUUCUAGUCUGUU